AUGGCACUAACAUUUUUAAUUGAACAAGCUAAACAAAUAGCUGAUGGUCAAAUAUUUAAAACUGAUCUACGGAAGCAAAUUAUUGAAGAAAUAAAAAGAAUUUAUACAAGAAUUAUUGUUAAUGAUGUGCAUACAAAAAUAGCUGAUAAUAGUGAAAUUGAUCCUGAUAAAAUUGCAACUAAUGCUUAUAAUGAUAGUAUUGGUUCAAAUCCACCAGAUGCUAAUAAUAUAAUGAAAUAUAUCAUCGAUAUAAAUCCUAUUGAAACUGUUGAAAAACAUGAUUGUCAUAAUACUCAACAAGUUUAUCAAAAAAUCGUGAAAAAGCUUCAACAGAUUCUUUCAGAUUUUCGUUUAUCACCGAUAAUUGGUAUAUCAACUGAAAUGAAAGAUCCAGAUCGAUUUAAAGAAAGUUUUAAACAACUAUUAUUAGAUCGAACAAAUAUGUAUCAAGAAAUUGUUGAAUGCAAUAAUAUAUUUGACACUGCAGCGACAGAAUCAUGUAUAAAUCUGAUAAAAACACGUCUUGGUUGUCAAUCGAGAUGUCCAGGCUGUGGAACAAAAUGUGAUAAUACUGAAAUUAAUCAUACAAAACAUUAUAGUUCACAUCAUUUAGGAGAUGCAUUUUAUAAUUGGAGAAUCCAGGGAACAAAUAAACCGUAUUUAUAUUUAUGUUAUCAAUUCUGGGUAACAAUUUCCCUUUAUACCGGUGAAAUAAGAUUUCAUCCGAGACAAAAAUGUUUUUCAGAACGCGCACCAGAAUGGUUUGACGAUUUAGAACAAAAAUCAAAAACAGGUAAUUUAUGUAACGAUUCUAAACCACCAGCAGAACAAAGACGAGCUUGGAUGGCUGUACGACAUGCUUUGAUUAAACGCUACUCAACAGAUGGGAUGGAAGAUCUUGAAAAAUAUGAUGAAAAAUUUUAUCCUGCUAUCGAAAGUGUAUCAGCUGAUUUUGAGCCUGAAUCGGAUUACAUUCAAUCAUAA